AUGGCGGCUGGUCUAUCAACAUUUAUAAAAACACUGAUAUUUUCAGCGCUUUUCUAUCAGUUUGUCCGCUCGCAUCCGGUUGUUUACCAGGACGAAGAGAUCGAAUCAGACCCAAAUAUUUUGAUAAGGGACAAAACUCCGCCCGAAAAUAAAGAUGAAAAUGUCUGCCUUACGGAAGAGUGUGCGUCUAUUUCGUCCUCCAUCAAAGAUGCGAUAGACGAGACGGUGAAACCUUGCGAUGAUUUUUACGACUAUGCUUGCGGAGAAUGGCUGAAAAAGAACCCAAUUCCUAACGGGAAGCUUCAGAUAUCUGCCUUCACCGAGCUUAGGGACAAAAACAACAAGAUCAUGCAAGAGUCUUUGGUCCAAGAUGACGCUUUAAACGACAUUCUUCCUAUUAAGAAAGUCCGAACCUUCUUCCAAUCUUGUCUAAACGUUAAAGCAAUCGAUGAACUUGGUAGCGAGCCAAUCAAAAAGUAUAUUAAAGAUUUGGAUUCGUGGGCCGUUGAUAAGAAGGCCGGCUGGGAUUCUAAAAAUUGGGAUGUUUUUGAGACCUUGAAGAAAAUUCAAAAGCGAUAUACCUCGACAAAUUUAUUUUUCACUGUUGAAAGUGUUCCAGAUCCGUUGAGAAAUGAAACGAAAGGUCGCCAUAUAUUUAUGAUCGACAAAGCUCCGUUAGAUCUUCACCCAAUGUUUUUCCUUGUCAGCCCAAAGAUAGUUCGUCUGUUGUUUAAUUAUAUGACAAACGUGACUCAUCUGACAGGAGUGGACCAUGACUUUGCCAAAGAAUCUAUGAAAGAUGUUAUCAAAUUCGAGGCUGCUUUAGCAAUGCUUUCGUUUAAUAAGGGUAAGGUGGGAAAACAUUACGCGCGUGUUCCAAUCAGGAAAUUAGAAAAAUCAAUUCCUCAGUUCCCGUGGUUCGACCAUCUCAAGAGUCUUGUUCAUCCGAACAAAAUCACGCGUGAUGAUCCAAUUUUGAUCCUGGCGACCCCAUAUCUGCCGACAAUUUUCAAGCUUCUUAAGAAAACAGACAAACGAGUUCUAUCAAACUUUAUGGUUUGGCGAAUGAUCAAAAGUUAUGUCCCAAUGCUGGGGAAUGAUUUCCGGAGGAUGUACAGUCAGUUAAAGGGAGUGAGGGAAUCCCGCGCGGAAACUUGUUAUUCCUACACCAGCAAAAUUCUCAGUAAUUUACUUGGAUCGCUGUUUAUCAGGAAACGAUUCUCGCCCAAAGUGAAAUCAGAUGUGCAAGAGAUGAUGAACGAUAUUGUCCAAGCUUUCAAAGACAACGCACAAUAUGAAACUUGGUUAAGUGGAAAAAGUAGAAAAGCUGUUGAGAUGAAGCUUAAAAAUGUUUUGUCAAAAGUGGGCUAUCCUGAUUACCUCUGGAACGAACAAGAUCUAAAUCUUAAAUAUGAAAAUCUUGAUAUCCAAACUGAUCAAUGGUUCCAAAAUGUAGUGAAUUCCCAGAAAUAUUUGAAUUUCAUGGAACUUCAUAAUGUCGGAACAAUAGUUGACAAAAAGCACUGGAUUGCUCCUCCACAAAUGGUCAAUGCUUUCUACGUUCUUACAAGGAAUGAGAUCGUGAUUCCCGCUGGUAUAUUGCAGGAGCCAUUCUUUUACUCUGGAUCAAUUCCCAAGGCUUUGAGUUACGGCGCUGUGGGCCACGUUUUGGGUCAUGAAUUGACCCAUGGUUUUGAUGACUCUGGAAGAUCAUUUAAUAAGUUUGGAAAGAAAGUCUUUUUUAACGAAACUGGUUGGAGUAAAAUUUCUGACAAAAACUUCAAGAAAGAAGCAAAGUGUCUGGUGAAACAGUUCAGCCAAUAUAAAGUGUUAGGAAAACAUCACGUUAAUGGUAAGAUGACUCUAGGUGAAAACAUAGCUGAUGCCGGCGGUCUAAAGUUGGCUUAUAAUGCUUAUCAUCGCUGGAUCAACGAUCACGGUAAAGAAAAGGUUUUACCGGAUUUGGAUAUGAACAGCGACGAGUUAUUUUUCAUCGGUUUUGCACAGAAAAGCUGCGCAAAUACUUCAAAGGUUGGCCAGUUUAUGGCUGUACACGAUGAUGAUCACGCUCCAGCAAAAUUCAGGGUAAAUGGAGCUCUUUCGAAUAUGCCUGAAUUUUCCAAAACAUUCAAUUGUCCAGCAAACAGCAAAAUGAAUCCAAAGACAAAAUGCGACGUCUGGUAAUUACAUAUAGGAAAUAUGCAGUUGUUACAGAAGUAUUUUUUAUCACAAUCUCUGCUGAAAGCACACUAAAAUUUGGUCGCCAUAAAAAGCUAUGAGCAAUAAAGAAA